GGCUUGGCAAACAAAUUCGUCCCGCGUGCCGGAUCCGAUUGUGAGCCGCCUCUGGACCCGACCCGGACUCCAUCACGCCGCCCCCACGAUUCCAGUCCAGUGUGAGUCCCGCCCAGGCCGCGGACUUCGAAUCUCGAACCCUUGACUGUGUCCGAGACAUUCCCACUUCCCGGCGACGCGGACUCGACUAAGACGACAACAGCGACAGCAUAGGCGCUCGCCCGUCCCAAACCCCAUUUGAUUGCGCCGUCGCUUUUGCUCCCUCGGUCCCGGCGUGCGACAUCUCAUACCAAUCGCCUUGCGCAACAACCCAAAAGAUACCCAUCGCGCACCCAUCCACAUACAACGUACAAAAUGUCGUCCUUCCUCGUCCGCCCCUUCUGCCUCCGGGCCACCACCACCACCACCACCACCACCACCACCACCGCCCUCGUCCAGCAGCAACUCCGCGCCCUAACAACCACCACGGCCCUAACCUACCACCAACCGCGCGUGCCCUCCUCCGCCAUCCCCAUCCCCAACGUCUCCGGCCGCGUGCCCCUCCCCGACUCUACCCCCGUCCCCGAGGACUUCAAGAUCGAAAUCCCUUCGUACCCGUACGGCCCCCGCCGCGUCUACCACCAAUCCAACACGGGUCUGUACGGCUCCGCCCUGAUCCGCUUCGGCAACAACGUCUCCAAGCGCAACGAAAUCAAGACGCGCCGCAAAUGGCGUCCCAACGUGCAGCAAAAGCGGCUCUGGUCCAAGUCUCUGGGGGUCUUUGUGCGCACGCGCGUGACCACUCGCGUCUUGCGCACCAUUGACAAAGUCGGGGGUUUGGACGAGUACUUGCUGGGCCACAAGGCGGCGCGCGUCAAGGAGCUGGGGCCCUGGGGGUGGAUGUUACGGUGGCGGAUCAUGCAGACGCCUGAGAUCAGGGAGCGGUUCGCCAAGGAACGGGAGGCGCUGGGGUUGCCUCCUCGCAGAGAGGAAGAUGAGGAAAAGAGUCUGGAGGAGCAGUUGAGGGAGUUUCAGGUUGCGGGCAUCCAGUUUGCCGAGGGAAAGGCGCCUAAGACUAAGGGACAACUGAAGGAGGAGGCGGAUCGGUUGAUUAAGAAGUCGGAGACGGAGGAGUUUGGGCUGGGACAGGAGGAGGAUCUGUUUAUGAAGGAGGAGCCGAAGCCCACCAAGAUGGCGUAGGGAAAUUCGGUCUUUUGAACAGGGUCUGAUUACCGUCUGGUCGAUGGAGAGGUGACGGCUGUACCAUAUAUCUUUGUGUAUAAAAAUGGGAUUUUAGAGAUUGGGAAGCAAAGUGUUGUGGAUGAUUGGACUUCGUGAUACGAAGUCUAAGCAGAUGAGCCUGCUUGAGCCUGCUCGAGAACCGGCGACUUUGACACUUUCUUAAGGAUCCAAGUCCAACAAUGCAAAAUCAUGCCCGAGGAGCUACUCCAUAGACUUCUGAAUUCGUCAUGUACCAUUAUUCAUCAUACAAGCUACGUAAAAAGCCAAAACCGCCCCCUUUUUGUGUACC